CUAUAGUAGACCAUGCCGUCCAAUGUGAUGAUGAUGAACUCCCAGUCGCCAGUCAAUACUAUUAAUUGACAGCUUCUGAUUCCGAAUCGAUUUGCUCAAUACAGGCCAUUCAAACAGUAAGUACUUAUUUGACAAGACUUGAAUGUAUAAAGUCAUGUAGAUAUCGAAUACUGUACCAGCCCCUCCAUCCAUCGUAGAAAUCAUUCUCUCUCUUAUUCGUCUCCCGAAUAACUGUUGUUUCUGAAAUGGAAAUGAAAGGGUAUUCAUAUAUACAAGCUGUUAUUGCUGUCACGAGCGUGGCCUCGCUAUGCUUCUCAUCAUAUUUCUUCCUAUCGACAUUCGAUCUUCUUCACUCCAAUCCUCCUCACAGUGAUAUCAUACGUCUCCCAUAUGGACGACGAGAUCAUACAUUCAUUUCAGAUGACGUCCCACUUUACUUUCCUUCGCAAGCUGGUUUAGCUGCCAUGUUCAUUGAAGAGACCGUCCAUUACUCCUUUGAUGAUGCUGGCUACAAUGAAUGGUGGAUCGGAGAAGCCGAGGGAAAUGGAACAGUUCGCUUGGGCCCCCAGAACCGCCUUUUCUCCGUCUCUUUUUGGCAUCAGCUGCAUUGCCUGAGGGUGAUGCAUGCAGGUUUCAAGGCCGAGGUCGUGUCCCUUGAUGACCUGCUGCACGCACAGCACUGUCUCAAUCUUCUCAGGCAAUGGAUUCUUUGCCAUGCAGAUACUGCCUUGGAACCAAACGACUUCACCCAAAGGAACUUCAAAUACGAUCGCGGUAAUCAGUUACAUGUUUGCAACGACUGGGAUACACUAUAUGCUGAGGUAUCUCAAAACUGGCAUGAUUGGGUACGAACGUGGCAACUGAAGAACUUUAACGCAACAACGGAAGAUAAUUAAACACCUUAUGACAUCAUGUAUAAUCACAUGUAUUUUGUAGCAUCAAAAACAGUACAAGGCGAUGAACUUAGAC